GUGACUGCCCGAGGCCCCUCCUGCCGCGGCGAGGAAGCUCCAUAAAAGCCCUGUCGCGACCCGCUCUCUGCACCCCAUCCGCUGGCUCUCACCCCUCGGAGACGCUCGCCCGACAGCAGAGUACUUGCCGCCCAGCCACGCCCGCGCGCCAGCCACCAUGCUAGGUAACAAGCAACUGGGGCUGUCCGGACUGACCCUCGCCCUGUCCCUGCUCGUGUGCCUGGGUGCGCUGGCCGAGGCGUACCCCUCCAAGCCGGACAACCCGGGCGAGGACGCACCAGCGGAGGACAUGGCCAGAUACUACUCGGCGCUGCGACACUACAUCAACCUCAUCACCAGACAGAGAUAUGGAAAACGAUCUAGCCCAGAGACACUGAUUUCAGACCUCUUGAUGAGAGAAAGCACAGAAAAUGUUCCCAGAACUCGGUAUGACAAGGCUUGUGAUGGGGAUAUUGUUGCAGAGCUCAAGGUGCCCAGGGGAGGGAAGUCAGAGACAGGUGCCUGGUGGGAGGCACCGCCAAGCUUCUAGACUAGGGGAGAUUUCAGCAGAAAUGAGGAUGAAGAAGCAGGCAGAGGAGACCUCUCUUUUCAUGUACUCAUUGUCAAAUCUCUAAACUUCUCUGGAAUAAUAUUUUUUAGCCCAGGUUAUUUGGUGCUCCUUUGACAAUUUUAAAAAUAAUUGAUUUUUAACUUAGAAAUUAUAUAGAAUUUCUAACAUUGUUGGAGUCAGGGGAGCAUAGAGUGAGUCCCUGACUCUAAAUUGAAAUGACCAACUGUCCAUCUCUGGCUGGGAAGAUCUGUAGUUUUUAUACAUGUGGAGUGUCCAGAUAUCCUAGGAAAUGUCCCACGUGGUUUUUACUCCAACUUUCCCAGUUUUACAUGAAGCUGUAGGUAAAUUAGGUGCUCUGGAUUACUUUUUGACAUAUUUUAGUUCAACUUGUGUCACAUAGUGAUUUAUUAUAUUCAAUGAAUGCACGUUGAAUGACAGUAUUCUUAGGAGUUUAUCUGUAGUCUCAGGACUUUCUUGUAGUUUGGGUCUGUCUUGGAAAGAAGUGCCCACCAAUGUCUAAGUGUUAAACAUUGAGCUAAGAUUUUCUGGUGCCUCCUGGACAAGGAGUGCUGCUGAAGAGGAGCCUGGUCCUCUUCCAUCUUCAUAACCUUCUGGCUCUUCAGUCCUUGCUUCCUGUCUCUAACCACAGUAAGAUCAUAGUUCACAGGGUCCACCCACGUCUGUGGCAGCUUGGCUGCCUUAAACCCAGAGUUCUACAAUGUCAAGAACCAAGUUCCCCAGAAGAGGUCACUAGAACACUUGCUCAGUGAGUGUGACUGACAUGUGGCUCUCCAUCAAGUUCUCCCUAGAGACUCAGCAGGGUGACCCGCUGGGCCACCCACCUUCCCUUCUAACCUCCCUCAGUUCUCUUGUGAAAUGGCCAGCCAGCGCGAAGGGUGUUAGUAUAGAGUUGUGAGAUUUGUUUUCUCUAAAGGGAACAACGAUUUGAACUGAGAUAAAACUCCAGUGCUCCUGUCCCUGGAGGAACCAGCCCAGACUUAAAUAGCAAAUGCAAGGGAAACAGGCAGAAAAUUUGUAAGGGUUACCUUUUUUUAAUUAAAAAAUUAUUAUUAUUAUUAUUAUUCAGAGACAAGGUCUCCUUCUGUCACUCAGGCCAGAGUGCAGUGGUGCAAUCAUAGCUCACUGCAGCCUCGAGCUCCUGGCCUCAAGAGAUCCUCCUGCCUCAGCCUGCCCAAGUGCUAGGAUUACAGUUGUGAGCCAUAAUGCCUGGCGAGGGUUGUCUUUAAUACGAAGCAGUAAAUGUCUUUCCAUGUUUCACUGACAUGCAUAUGAUGUUUGCCACAGUAAAAAGUUUAAGGUAGACUAUAUCGACUUACUGUUAGAAAAAUAACAGCGCAGACCUACUUAGAACCUUGGUUUUUUGUCUUUGUUUUGUGGCCCAAGGUCACACAGUUAGUGCAUGAAGGAAAAUUAAUUGCACCCUGAUUGACAGACUCCAUCAUGUGCAGUUAGAAGGAGACAAAACUUGACAGUCUUGAAGUUGCCUAUGAGUGCUAUUUUAUUAAAAAGGUCUUAUUACAGUCUAACAAGUAGCAUCUUACUACAUAAUAAAGCUGGCAGGAAACGGAAGCAUAUUUAGAGUUGAGGAACAAUAACUUUCCUGUUACAGCUUCAUGUGAUUUCUGUAAUUUUGAUUUUCAAAAGAUUGUGGUGUUCUUCAGCUCCUUUGAUACAUACAGAGCCUUUCAAAUGCUCCCUCUGAUGUUUGCCCGAGACGCCUGUCAACAUCGUGGAAUGCUGCUCAGCUGGGGCUGUGCAUAUUGUGCCUCCGCCUCGCGAUCUGAUAUUCCACAUGGCUUCUUAUUUAGAAUGCCAACAGGAGACUUUUCAACAGUUCCCGGUCAUCUUUCACUUCAGAUCUAAAUGUCUCACCCUUGCUAAUACCUCAGGAAGUUGGGCAGCUUCCCUUACAUGCUUUGCUUCUUAUGUUUUACAGGCUUGAAGACCCUUCAAUGUGGUGAUGGGAAAUGAGACUUGCUCUCUGGCCUUUUCCUGUUUUCAGCCCAUAUUUCAUCAUGUAAAAUGAGAAUCCACCCAUCCUACCAAUGCAUGCAGCCAUUGUGCUGAAUUCUGCAAUGUUUUCCUUUGUCAUCAUUGUAUAUAUGUGCGUUUAAAUAAAGUAUCAUGCAUUCAAAA